GGAAAUCGAUGUUUUGUAAAUUUGUUACACAUCUUGUAUUUUAGUCUCCCAAAAAAAAAAAAAAAAAAAAAAUACAGUGAAUGAGUGAGUGAGAGAGAGAGAGAGCACUUGGCGUUCUCUUCUGAGGACGACUCAGAUUGCCCAAAACUUGGCAUCUUGAACGGUUUCAAAUAAAAACUUCCAAAGAGGAAGAGAUCGAAUGCGACCUUCCAUUUCCUUCCUUAGCCUUCCCCUUCUUCUUCUGCUCCACCAUUACCACCACUAUAUUCGCCGUCUCUCAAACCCGACCUCCACUUCCCUCCACCUUUCGUUCCUCUUCUAUUUUUUCUUCUUCUUCUUCUCCCUGUUCGCUUAGGUUGCCAUUUUCAUUGGUGGGAUUUGCUUCAAAAUCGGUUUUUUUUUAUCUGGGUUUUCGAUUUUGCCAUCUGGGUCCUUCCAUGGCGGCCUCCUCACUUGCAUCUCCUCUCUGCACGUGGCUCGUGGCAGCCUGCAUGUCGGUCACGUGCGACAGAGACUAUUCCUCGAGCUCGUCCUUGCUUCAGUCGUCCAAGAGAUUGAGCAGGUGGGCUCGGAGGAGGAAGGUCUGGGCGAAAUGUAGUAGUGAGAGUGCCGAAUUCAAUAGGGGCUUAAUUUCGUCCUUCUGCGGAUCCAGCAUUCAGGGUCUGAUGAGCUCGUGCCUCGCUUUCGAGCCCUGCAAUGAGUACCAUAGCUCCAAGGGGCUUUCUUCUUCGGGCUACAAUGGCUUCCCCUCUCUGUUCGGAUCCAAAAGUGCUUCUACCAACCGCAGGCAAAGGCGUAUCAAUCGAGCCUCUCUUUCGGGGGAAACCAUGGCAAUAGCUGUGCGACCUGCUGAGGGGGUGAGUACGAAGAAGAAACCUAUGACAAAGCAGAGGCGAGUUGUUGUGACUGGGAUGGGUGUGGUGACCCCUUUAGGUCAUGAUCCAGAUAUCUUUUAUGAUAAUUUGCUCGAGGGUGUUAGUGGCAUAAGUCAGAUAGAGACUUUUGAUUGUGCCCAAUUUCCAACUAGAAUUGCAGGAGAGAUCAAGUCAUUCUCGACUGAUGGAUGGGUUGCACCAAAACUAGCCAAGAGGAUGGAUAAAUUUAUGCUUUACAUGCUUAUUGCUGGCAAAAAGGCCUUGGCUGAUGGAGGAAUUACAGAAGAAAUAAUGGAUGAGUUUGAUAAAGCUAAAUGUGGAGUUUUGAUUGGCUCAGCAAUGGGUGGCAUGAAGGUUUUUAAUGAUGCUAUUGAAGCUUUACGGGUUUCAUAUAAGAAGAUGAAUCCUUUCUGUGUACCCUUUGCAACUACAAAUAUGGGCUCUGCCAUGCUUGCGAUGGAUCUGGGAUGGAUGGGCCCAAAUUAUUCAAUUUCUACUGCUUGUGCAACUAGCAACUUUUGUAUUUUGAAUGCGGCAAACCACAUCAUUAGAGGUGAAGCGGAUGUGAUGCUUUCUGGUGGCUCAGAUGCAGCAAUUAUACCCAUUGGCUUGGGUGGAUUUGUGGCAUGCAGAGCUCUUUCACAACAUAAUAAUGACCCGGCGAAAGCUUCACGUCCUUGGGACAUUAACCGUGAUGGAUUUGUUAUGGGAGAAGGAGCUGGAGUUUUGCUUUUAGAAGAAUUAGAGCAUGCCAAGAGAAGAGGCGCAAAUAUCUAUGCAGAAUUUCUAGGUGGAAGCUUCACAUGUGAUGCUUAUCACAUGACUGAGCCUCAUCCUGAUGGUGCUGGUGUUAUUCUCUGCAUAGAGAAGGCAUUAGCUCACUCUGGGGUAUCCAGGGAAGAUGUAAAUUACAUCAAUGCACAUGCUACAUCCACACCAGCUGGAGACCUUAAAGAGUAUCAAGCUCUCAUGCAUUGCUUUGGCCAGAAUCCUGAGUUAAGGUUAAACUCUACGAAAUCCAUGAUUGGUCAUCUCCUAGGAGCAGCUGGUGGUGUAGAAGCUGUAGCAACAGUACAAGCAAUACGAACAGGGUGGGUUCAUCCAAACGUCAACCUGGAAAACCCGGAUAAAGGCGUGGACAGAAAAUUUCUUGUGGGGCCAAAGAAAGAGAGACUUAAUGUUAAAGUGGCAUUAUCUAAUUCAUUUGGGUUUGGUGGCCACAACUCAUCAAUCAUACUUGCCCCUUAUGAGUAGAACAGAUUCAGUGGGCUACUUCAACCUUGUUAUGAUGAUGGUGAAGCUACUGAGAGAAGCGAGAAAUUUCCUUUGUUUCUGCAUGUCUUUUUGAUUUGGGGAAUGCACAUGGGCAUGCAGAUCAAAUUGGUUGGACAGCUGAUCACUAGGGAAGAGACAAUUGAAAUGGCCCUUGGGAUGGGGAACAACAUUCAGAAUUCAGCCAAUGUUUAUCAUGGAAUUACUUUUGCUUCCUAAUGUUAGAAAUUUUCCUCUUUGCAUAAAUUGCCAUACAAGGGCUUUAUUUACUAUAUUAGCCACUUAACCCCUUUUAAUCAAUACUGGCCUUGUUUGGUAUUUUUAUUUUCAUGUACAAGUAGAUGGUUGAUCAGAUUGAUUUGAUAUCCAAGUUGUAAUGAAUUUUGAUCAGGCGGUUGCAUAGGUUAUAACUUUUGACAGCUGCGGGCUGUGGUGCUACGUUUGUCUAA